AUGCCUUACACACCUCCGUCCCACCGCUCCCCCGCUACCUCAGCUCCUUCUACACCCGAAGUUAGUCGAAGAUCCUCCCUCGUCUCACCAAGCGGCACCUCGACGAAACCUACCCUACCCCGUUCCGCUUCGUAUCUUUCUAGGCACCGUCGAACCGCUUCCGCUGGGAGUGUGCCUUCGGUUACAUCACCUUCAGUCGUAGGUGGCCAAACCCCUGACAUCACCCCUCCUGGAACUUCGGAUAAUUUGAAGGGCAUGGGAUCUUCUCAUCAACCUGCCGUCCGACAAUCCCCUCCCCCGGUUGCUGAUGCGAAGGCUAUGCCUCCAGGGGCUAUAGUUUCCCCGCCUGAAUCGUCUAGUGAAGAUGAAGGGGUUACUGAGUUGGCGACCCGUGGUAGGGAGAUUGAAAAUAUGAAGGAGCUGAAGGAAGCUAUUAGUGGAUUACAACAGCAUCGUGCUCCCUCACCAGUCCGACCAACGCCCGGUGAUAUCCUCUUACUGCCAUCGCAAGUUAAGGACAUGGUUGGAGAGUCACGGCAAUCAUUGCUCACCGCCGGGUUGCCUGCCCUCAAUACUGGAGCCCGCAAGAUCUCCCACUCAAGAUCGAAUACAGAUUCUCACAUAUAUAUGUCCAAGUCAGCGGAGGCGUCUAUUUCCACCUCGGAAGACGGUUCUGAACAGGAUGAGCCCUUCGUCAAACCGCCGAUGUUGCGGAAAAAGUCUGGUGAGCUUGUUCGCCCAGCAUUACGAGCAAACAGGAGGCCUUCAAGUAUGCCAGGGACGCCGACCUUUUCAAAGGCUGUGCACUUCGACUCACAUUUGGAGCACGUUCGACACUUCCUCCAAGUGGACAGGCCCCUCGCCGUCAGCGCUGGUACAUCUCCAGCAGAGAACUACGAGAGCGAGACCGAGUAUCCCUUUGGAGCUCCUGAGAAGCCUGCUCCAAGGUCGCCAUCAUAUGAAUGGGAACUUUAUGUUCACACACCACCCAUAGAGACGCCGAUUCGCAAGGCUCUCCCGGCACGAUUGGAGAGGGUUUGGAUGUCUCCUGACCAAAAAAGUCUGAUAGGGUCAAUAGCCGUAGCCAAUCUGGCGUUUCAGAAGGCCGUGGUGUGCAGAUUCACGUUCGACUAUUGGAAGACGACUUCGGAGGUGGCUGCUGAGUACCACCACGAGAUUCGACCGCGAGAGGCAGAGAUCAGCCAUGACAGAUUCCAAUUCAGCAUCAAAUUGUCCGACAUCGCUAACCUCGAAACCAAGACACUAUUUUUCUGUAUUCGAUAUAACGUUGGUGGCUGUGAAUACUGGGACAACAACGAUGGCGUAAACUUCAGGGUUGACUUCCGCAAGAAGGUAAUCGCCGCAGAUGGCAAGAGACCCACACAGGCUUCAACUCGCACCGCUACUGGUCUACCGCGUAGCACACGCCGGGCAAACCCCUCGACGGCCUCGCGCCCACGGUCUAUGCCUGCUGGUGCAAUCGAAGAUUUUGGAGCCAAUUCGAAUUUCAUUGGCUUCGAUCAGCCCCUUCAUGAAGUUCUCGGGGAACCAAACCCUCCCGCAUUACGCCUUAAGAGUUCUAGGUCGACGUCUAAUAUUCCGAGUGACAACCUGCCAGGCCGGCUAUCAUCUCCGAGUGGUCAGGCUUUCGCUAAUCGGUACGACUUCGGAGCAUCUCUCAAUGCCGCCAAGCAAGCUCGUCGAGACUCAAGCCAGCGAGAUGAUGGCCUGUACAUGAAGCCUAACAAGAAGGGUUUAUUCCGCGGUACUCAGACAUCUGAAGGAUCUCAGACCGACCCUGUCUCAUCAGUUGCUUCGUCUACUCCACAGGCUGCUACCAAUAAUAGCUCUAUGGCUCCUACGACAGGCUCUUCUUCCGCCAGCAUAGCAUCGGCUUCGUACGAAGAGAUCCUCAACAAAUACUGCUUUGUACGUGCACCUCGUGAUAACUUCAACGGAUCAAAGCCAACCAGCCAACAACCUAGCCCUCAGAUAAAGGAUGGAGCCUUGCGCAAUGGCCGAUACGAUGGCGUGGACGAUUUGUUAACUCACAGCACCAAUAGCACUCACUCGAGUUCCAAUGGCAGCCCAGAGCUAACCGACCAACCGUAUCAUAACACCACCGCGAUACACCACUCACUCGGAACCCAUCUUAACCCUUACUUCAGCAAUGCGUAUAUACCAGCCAUCGGUGGCUCACCGGCAGAAUCUCCGUUAUCGCAGCAGAAUCUCAGCCUAAGUGGCACCCCCACUCCCACGGGCAAAGGAACAUCCCCAGGUUCGAUGGCUAGCUUCCUCCCUCUUGCUGGUACGUCACCGAUUAGGUCCCCUGCCGACACGGCUCCAUUUCACGCCCAUUUUCACUCGCAUCAGACGCUCAUAGUUUGA